UAUUCUAGACCUUCUAGACCUUAACCAUUCUUAAGGGCCAUAUUAUUUAGUUGCUGGUAGUUACUGUGCAGAUGAAGAGGUAUAUUUUAUGUUUUCGAAUUGACUGCAAGAUCAGUCAUAAAUAAUAAUAGUUAUACUGAGCAGAUUAUUGUCAGCAUGUUUAAAAGGAAGCUGACGGCAUUGGAUUAUCCUGAUCCUGAUCGCUUUAACGUGAACGAUACCAGCGAAUACAAGAAUCUUGUCCUGUGGCUUGAAGAUCAGAAGAUUCGCCAUUAUAAGAUAGAGGACCGGAAAGCCCUUAGGGAUAUAAAUUCUUCUGAUUGGCCAAAAACUUUCAAACAGUACAGAGAUGAUCUAGCUUGCCCAGUGCUUAGUGAGAAGCCAGGUGAACAGCUGGAAUGGUUGCUGGCAUUUGCUGUCCGGCUGGAAUAUUCUGACAGUGUGGAGAAGUACAAGAACUGUGUUAAGAAAAAUGAACUCAAUACUCCAAAAGUUGUGUCUGCCAAUCCACUGGAUAAUCUCGACUUUGAGGGUGAAGAUUUCAAGAGAGGUGUCAACACACUUGCGCAGUUGUUGCAUGUUACUCAACAUCCAGAUCAUCUAAUUACCUUAAAGGCAGUGAGUAAGGUGGUAUGCCAGCGACUCUCAUCUGAAGCCAUAGAAAACCCAAGUAACUUCAUUGUGAAGGGUAAACCAUUUCCUUUUCAAGAAGCUGACCUUGGAUUUGACACUGGAGAUUAUGUGUUGAAUCAGGCAGCAAAGAUUCUGCGUCUUCUGUACAUUCAUAACCUCCGGGAUUUGCAGACACGUAUUAAUGAGUGUAUUGUGGCAGUACAAAGUGUGACAGCAAAUCCCAAAACUGAUACAAAGCUUGGGAAAGUUGGUAAAUGAAAUUACUGUAUAUCAGUAUUUGUGAGUUUUAAAUGUAUAUUAUUUAAUAUAUGACAUGAUUCUAUCGGGAUUCUCAUUUUUCUAGAAGCAAAUAACAAUGUCAAACUUCUUAGGUGUAACAUACAUAAGUUCAGGAUGUUCGGAAGCUGUCAUACAAACGUCCCUCCGAAUCGACUAAUCGAGCAACUCCAAACCCUGUGAUUACUGGAAUUAAAAGAAAUAGACACUUUAAUAAAUAUAAUUUAAAAAUGUGUAAAUUCAGUAUAGGAGAACAGCUGUAUUUCAAACGUUUCCUGCUGUAUGUAGAAGGCAAAAUAUUAAGACAUAUUUUAUAUGUUUAUUUUUUUUUUUUAAGAUCUGAUAUAAAAGUUCAUUUUUCAGACUCAUAGUUUUAAGUGCUAGCGCACACCAAGGAAACUGACAACUGCAGCACAGCUGCAAUUUCCGAGAAUUGUUAUCAGCCUAAGUUGAACACAUGUUUUUGAAUGGAGCAGCACAAUUGAGAAAAUGGCAAUGCAACUCGCAGAAAGACUGAAAAACUCAACUUCUAGGCAACAGAGCAUGCCAGUCUUCUCACAAUUGCAUUGCCAUGUGGUUUCCUAGUGUCAGCUGUUAUAUAAUGUAUGUCAGUGAUUCAGUUGUUUCUUAAGAUGGCAUGAAAGGUUGAUAAAGCA